AUGGCAGGACGCACAGCAACGAAACGCAAAGCUGCAACAGACGCUGAUACUGAAAUAAAACGUUCCAAAGGUGAAACAAAUCUAUAUAAUUUAAAAUGGUAUGAACAAGGUGAACCAUUAUCUAAAGGUUUUGUUCCAUUAGUUUAUCUCUAUGAUGAUAAAUUACCUGGUUGUUCGAAAGUUGCUGCAUUUGAUAUGGAUUCAACAUUGAUUAAUGUUAAAUCUGGAGCAAAAUUUGCUAAAAAUCAUGCAGACUGGGUAUGGUGGCAUGAAACCGUUCCAAAAAAACUUAAAGAACUACAUGAAAAUGGUUAUCGUUUGAUAAUAUUUACUAAUCAAGGUGGUAUUGAAAAACUACAUACAAAAUUAGAUGAUAUUAAACGUAAAUGUGAAAAAUUAAUUGACGAAACCGGUGCACCUAUCUAUGUAUUUAUUGCAACUGGUGAAAAUCAUUUUCGUAAACCAGCAACAUCAAUGUUUGAUUAUUUUGUUGAAAAUUGUAAUCAAAAUAUUGAAAUUGAUAAAAAAAAUAGUUUUUAUUGUGGUGAUGCUGCUGGUCGUAUAGCUAAUUGGAAACCAGGAGUGAAAAAAGAUUUCUCAUGUGCUGAUAGAAAAUAUGCUAAUAAUAUUGGUUUACCAUUUAAAACACCAGAAGAAUGUUUUCUUGAUGAAGCAGCAACAACAAAAUAUCAGUGGGGUUCAAUUAAUCCACGAGAAUUUAUUAGUAAAUUACCUAAAGGCGAUUCAAAUCAAACUUACCAUAAAAAUACACAAGAAGUUGUAAUAUUACAAGGUCCACCUGCAUCAGGAAAAAGUACAUUUGCUCGUCGGUAUUUCAAACCUCAUAAUUACGAAUUAAUUAAUCGUGAUACACUUCAAACAGCAGCUAAAUGUCUUAAAGCAUCAAAAGAUGCUUUAAAUAAUGGUAAAAGUAUUGUUGUUGAUAAUACAAAUCCAGGUGCUGAUACUCGAGCAGAUUAUAUUGCUCUAGCUAAAUCACAUAAAAUACCAUGUCGUUGUUUUAUUCUUAAUACACCAACAGAAUUAUGCCAUCAUUUAAAUUAUGUCCGUGUUCAUCAAACAUCUGGUGAUGUUCGUCGAAUACCAGAUGUUGGAUAUAAUAUGUAUAAGAAAAAUUAUGUUGCACCAAAAGCAAGUGAUGGUUUAGAUGAAAUUACAACGAUUGAUUUUGUACCAAAAUUUGAUUCGGAAACCCACGAAAAAAUCUUUCAUUAUUAUACAGAAUCUUAA